AACAGAAUCUAUCAACCUGAUUCAAAUUACAAUACAGAUACAAUGCCGAUAAUAUUACCAUUAGCUUCUUCUUCUUCUCUAAUGGUUCCAACCAACAGUAAACCAUUUCUUCCUCAAAACUCUUUCUUCAAAUUCUCUUCUGUUUUCAUUAUCAACAACACUAGUAAUAAUGACAAAAGUAUCUCUUACUCUUAUAAUCCUUCUCGAAGACUCGCUCUCUUUCAACUUGGCACCGCUAUCCCGCAAUCACAGUUGUUCGAUGCUAAAGCAUCUAGAUUCUUAAGAGCAGAUGGGAGUACAACAGAGGCCAGCACAUCUGGAAAUAUGGCACCGACAAGCACCACUGUCACUGAGCAAAAUGCAUUAGAGUGGGUUAAAAAUGACAAGAGAAAAAUGCUUCAUGUUGUUUAUCGUGUUGGAGACUUGGACAAGACUAUAAAAUUUUACACUGAAUGCUUGGGGAUGAAGCUUUUAAGAAAGCGUGACUUACCAGAGGAGAGAUACACAAAUGCUUUUCUUGGAUAUGGGCCUGAAGAUUCCCAUUUUGUUGUUGAACUUACUUACAAUUAUGGAAUUGAUAAAUAUGACAUUGGAACUGGAUUUGGCCAUUUUGGCAUUGCAGUAGAGGAUGUUGCAAAAACAGUGGAUCUUGUGAAGGCAAAGGGAGGCAAAGUUACGAGGGAACCUGGUCCUGUUAAAGGUGGCAAAACAAUAAUUGCUUUCAUUGAAGAUUCAGAUGGUUAUAAAUUUGAGCUUUUGGAGAGGGGCCCAACACCUGAGCCCCUAUGUCAGGUAAUGCUUAGAGUGGGUGAUCUUGAUCGCUCUAUCAAUUUCUACAAGAAGGCUUUUGGCAUGGAACUUCUCCGCAAAAGAGAUAAUCCUGAGAACAAGUACACUAUUGCCAUGAUGGGAUAUGGUCCUGAAGAUAAAAAUGCAGUGCUGGAACUGACAUAUAAUUAUGGGGUCACAGAUUACGACAAAGGAAAUGGUUAUGCUCAGAUUGCGAUCGGUACAGAUGAUGUUUACAAGACUGCUGAAGCAAUCAAACUGUGUGGUGGAAAGAUUACUCGUGAACCUGGGCCCUUGCCAGGUAUCAACACCAAGAUUACUGCUUGCUUGGAUCCUGAUGGUUGGAAAUCGGUCUUUGUUGACAACAUUGAUUUUCUGAAGGAGCUAGAGUGACCAUGACAUCAUUGUAGUCGCCACAUCACUUGACUGAAUCUAUGGAGAUUCAUAACAAUUUUGUCGAUUAGAAAUUGCCUUCCAAUGAACUUUAUAUUUCCAGAAUGACCUAAUGAUGGAAUAUUCCUAAUCCCACUUUGUAAAUUUUGUUUUGUAUCAAUUAUUGUAAGUAUAUUCUUACCCUUUGAGCAACAUGUGCCUAAAAAGGAAUGAAA